UCAGUCACCGUGGUGACUAUUGUCCAACUCAAGUUUAAAAGAGGACUGGACUAUGGUGAAAUUGCAUUUUCGACGGGAUAUUGUGUAUCAGGACUGUGUAAACUUGACGGUAUUGACACACUGAGCCGUGACCUCACGAAAAGCUGAUCCAAGACCUAUUCUCUUCAAAUUCAUCGGUGCAUCAUGCAAUGCAGCUCAGCAAAAAGCCCGCCGCCCCCUCAAUUCUGCUGUGCCAUCUCAUCAUCUCGAACAACACAGGGCGCCCCGGCUCCCUUCUUCCCCUCCUUUCCCUCGCAUGUCCUUUACCCAUUGAGACAGUAACCUCACCGAUACGUCUCAGCAGCACGAACUCUCCAAAGCAGAAUGCCACGCAGCGAGCAGGCGAUAGUCUCCCUCCACUCGGCGCGUACCCUCGGGACCUUACCUGCAGCCACCGCUGGAACGACGGAGAUGAAGGGGCAUAUGGCUCACAACCUAUGACUUCUCAGAUGGCGUGGCAUGGCAUCGUGACAUGCGCAACAAACUCGAAGCAGCUCGUACACAAACAUGUAUGGCGGCGUUCGGCGACGCAACAAGAUGCAGGUGGAAGAAGGGAGAUCCGAGGGCCGGGGUCCAGCGUCGUGGAACCAUGGCCUCAAAUUUCGAGAAGUGCGUGCAGGUCUCCAUGUCAGCCACGCCCAUCUCGUUCAGAUGCUGCAGGUCAGCAUGUACGUGGAUAUCGCGAGCCCGAGUUAGUGGUGAGUAUGGGCGUACGACUGCACGGCGUCCUGAAGAGGGUGGUGGAGAUCCCAGAGCGGCGGUUGGGGGUGAGACAGAGGCUUUAUACGAGACUGUGGUACUUGGUGCAAUUUUCCAAUUUGCGGUCGAGGUGGUGGAGAUGCGUAAUUAUCAGGAGGCGUUUCUGGGAUUGGUGAGCCGCGGUAGAGUGAGAUAGUGCGUACCGGUAAGGUGGGAGUGUGGUUGUACAGGCGAUGCAGAUUCAUCUAUUGGCGAAAUCGGCGAAAUGGAGGCAACCUUUGUGCAACGGCGAUAGUUGGAGAUGUUUCGCAGCGCACGUUCAUCCAUGUGGCUGUGGGAUGUGGUGAAUGCGGAUGCCCGCAUGCGUGUAUGCAAUGUUCUCA